AUGAAUUAUUUGCUGGGAUCUCGCACUCGCUUUUUACAUUUUAGUAGACGACUAACUACAUUUGCCUGUUAUUCAACCACGACAAUGGCGACCAGUGCUGUGCACAAAUUCCGUCCGGUGGUGGUAUCAGGCCCCUCUGGAGCUGGAAAGUCAACCCUUCUCAAGAGGCUUUUUGCUGAGUUCCCUGACACCUUUGGGUUCUCGAUUUCGCAUACUACUCGUGCUCCUCGAGCAGGCGAACAACAUGGACGCGAAUAUUACUUUGCCACCAAGGAGGACUUCUUGGACCUUGUGAGCAAGAGUGGUUUCAUCGAACACGCGCAGUUUGGAGGAAAUUACUACGGCACCAGCGUUCAGGCCGUGAAGGACAUCGCGGAGAAGGAAAGGAUAUGCAUUCUUGACAUUGAGAUGGAGGGCGUGAAGCAAGUCAAGCUCACUGACCUCAACGCCCGGUUCAUGUUCCUUUCGCCUCCCUCGCUUGAAGAGCUUGAAAAAAGAUUGCGUGGUCGAGGAACCGAGACAGAGGAGAGUCUAAACAAGCGUCUUACUCAGGCAAAGAACGAGCUUGAGUUCUCCAAGCAACCCGGAGCUCACGAUAAGAUUGUCGUCAAUGAUGAAUUGGACAAGGCGUAUGUUGAAUUGCGGGAUUGGAUUGUUGACGGUGGUAAAUUCGGCACGCAGCAAUGA